CGCCUGGGAGUGACGUCACGUACCCCGGAAGUGUUUUUCCGGCUGUCAUUACUCUUCAUCACUCUGCCACUGACUAACGUUUAAAAUCUGUCUGUAUUUGACGCUGGUGUUAGAAUGGGUGUCGUUUGACGCUUGAGAACGUGUUCUUCUUUUGUUGGGCUGUGGCCGGAGACCCAUGGAGGCGUUGGCGGAGUGCGGUUGAUCGUGUCCUCGCCCCCUUCCCCCUCCGGAGCCGAUGCACCAUGAUCCCCGUGUCCCUGUUGGUGUGCGUGCUGGCCGGCUGGUGUGCGGUGUACCUCGCAGACACGCUGCUACGGUCGUCGCCGACGCACCGUAUCGGCUACGAGUCGUGGCUGGCCAGGCGAGGCCUGAUGCUGUCCCCGUUCCACGUCCGGUGGCAGACGACCAUUUUCAACCGGCUCUUUGCGCACUGCGCCCGCAUCCACCCGCGGGUGCUCUACCUCUGGUUCAGCAGCGGCGUGGUUUUCGGCGUGGUGGCCAUGCUGGCGUCGGUGGCGCUGUUGGUGAAGACGCUGCAGCAGACCCUCGCUCAGAUGACCACGGACAAUCCGCGCAUCGGAGCCCAGCAGGCCCUGCAGGUGGUGGUUCCUGGUGUCAACCUCCCCACCAGUCAUCUGGCAUACUUUUUCCUGGCCCUGCUGCUCAGCGGCGUCAUACACGAGCUGGGCCACGCGGUGGCAGCACUGAGGGAGCAGGUGCGCGUCAACGGCUUCGGCAUGUUCGUGUUCGUGGUGUACCCCGGCGCCUUCGUUGACCUCUUCACCACGCACCUCAACAUCGUGUCGCCCGCCCAGCAGCUGCGCAUCUUCUGUGCAGGCGUGUGGCACAAUUUCGUGUUGUGCGUGGCGGCGUUGGCGUUCCUCUUCCUGUUGCCGCUCUUCCUCUUCCCGCUGUACUCCAGCGGCGCGGGGGCGCUGGUCACUGAGGUGGCGCAGGGCUCGGCGGCCGACGGGCCCCGGGGCCUCUCGACGGGGGACAUCGUGACGGCGCUGGAGGAGUGUCCCGUCGCCGGGGUGGAGGACUGGAACGGCUGCCUGGCUCGCCUCUCUCAAACGCCACAGACGGGAUACUGCGUGCCCGCCGCCGGCCUGCAGCCCAGCUGGGCCCACGGGCGAGCGUUCAAGCGACUGGACGGGACGAUGGACUGCUGCAGCAACAACAGCCUGACGGACUUGUGCUUCUCCUACGUCAAGCCGCGCACCGCCGACAGAGAGUACGCCUGCAUGCCGGUGCGCAAAAUGGUGACGGGCAGCCACGUGUGCCGCAGCGACCGCGACUGCGACGCCGGCCUGGCCGUCUGCGUCACGCCCUCCCUGCAGAACCAGACCCGCUUCAUCCGGGUGGCGCACCCGCCCGGCGACCACAUGCUGUUCGUGGGCUACCCGCCGCAUCUGCAGCACGCCGUGAGUCUGACCAACUUUGUGCCUCGCUUCGGUUUCCUGCACUUGGACCUGCCCGUCUUCUUGGAGACGUUCUGCAAGUACGUGUUUUCCCUCUCGGGCGCCCUGGCGGUGGUCAACUCGGUGCCGUGCUUCGCUCUGGACGGCCAGUGGAUGCUCAACGCCUUGCUGGAGGCCACCCUGGCCGGCGCGGUGGCGGACCGGCAGAAGCGCGAGCUGACGGGUUUCUUCCUGCUGCUGGCCGGCAGCGCCCUGCUGGCCGCCAACGUGGCGCUGGGCUUGUGGAUGGUGACGGCGCGGUAACGAAAUCGAACGCUGGCCCGUGGACCGGCGAAGACGUGAGCCAGAACCUUUUUCUGCUGAUGGGACAAAAACCAAGAAGCGUUCUUGGCAUUCGGCGUUUUCACAUCUGCUGAAUGAUGUGAACAAACGACCGUGUUCAGUGCCGAUCACUUGCUAAUUUCUAUCGUUUUUUUUUUUUUUUUUUUUUAACCUGCACCAAGGAGAUAGAUUGCGACUGUUCAAGAUUUUUAUUUUUUAUCGGAGGGCGUGUGGAAAAAGUGCAGAUGCGUGCUUAGGGUUAGGACACCAUUUCUUGUUUUGCCAAGUAUGGGAAAUGAAGCUUCCAAAUUAUGAAAAUGUCUCUGGUUUCAAACACUGCGGGCGUGUUUAAUGAAUUUGUGCAACACGUCCUUCUGAAAAAAAUAAUGAUCUUCAUCUUUGAUUUUAUUGAUGCCGGUGCUACUUUUUUUCCUACAUUAGAGUUGUAAAAACAAGUUUGCUUAAAGCGGCUGGACUGUGUCCCAUUGGGUCGGCAUGGGGAUUUUCCGCACCCUGACAACGAGGCACUCCAAAAGGACCUACGUAAGUGCGACGCCCCUAUCCAAGAACUGCAGCUCAUCUGUGACUUUUGAGGACUGACGGACCCACACUCGCAGCUGACGACGAGGCACUCCAAAGGAUCCACGCAAGGGCGACUCCCCUACCCAAGGUUUCCAGCUCCUUUGUGUGUUUUGAGGACUGACGGGCGCACACUCGCUGCUGACGACGAGGCGCUCCAAAGCGUGACUUUCCCACAAGUCCCUCCAAGAAUUCCGACAUCUUGAGUUUAAUGCUACAUCCCCACAUUUCAAUCCUCCUUUGUUGUCAGCACUGAUUUUCAGAGAUGUUGAACAUAUUUAGAAACAUAAUCAGUUAGCAGAAACAAAUCUCUUGAGUGCAUUUCAUCCUUCAUAACUGCCAGGGAAAGGAUGUCGCCGCGUUGAUGGCACAAGUGACUUUGCGGCAGUCGGCAUCCUGCGACGUCCCCUCGUCUGUCUUUCGCUGUGUCGUUGAUUAAAUCCUUCAAUAAAGUGCCGUCUGUCCUUCCGCACAAACGGACUCGUGGUG